ACGGCUAUCUUGGUUACCAACCAACACAACACACUCGGUUAGCACAUGAUUAGAAACACACAAAACAAAAGUCAUUUGUUUUCACCGCAAUGGAUAGCGAACACACACUUGACAGGGGGAGACAAUCUGUUCUCUUCAAGAUGGGAUAGGAUUGUGUACAAAGCAUCAUCUGCAGCUUCACAAUGGAUAUCGAGGAGAACAAGGCGUGCCAAGGAGAGAAGCUUGCCUCUGCUGUAGAUGACACUCUGGAUGAAUAUUUAAUCGCCCUCCAGCAGAAAAACAGGAUCUUAAAGCGCCUUAAAGUCAAAGACCCCAAGCAGAUUGAGCUGGAAAGGCUUGAGCAAGGUUUUUCCAUUUAUCUGAAUGGAGCCAAUGCUGAAGCCAGCAGGAGUCAGCCCAAGGGUUCCAGCCACAAGUCUGCUAGUGCCUCACCUGUGUGGAGGACUGCACUGACAUCGGAUGUCUGUCGAAGUGCCCACCAGUUAACUGAAGAUAGCCAUAAUCUGGAGCAAACCCUUAGGAAGAGGAGCCACACUGCUCCAGGAAAGGUGCAGAGGAAAGAAUGGGUGCAGAAUUCUGUCAAAGUUCGAACAGAGGAAGGGAAAAAAUUGCUUAUAUCUCCCGAAAAGCGCUACUCUGAAGAUUUUGAGCCCGAUGAAAGCAUAGACAUGGAGAGCUCCGGUCCACGCUCUCCUCGUAGUCCCUGCUCCCCCAGGGACACGUGCAAGGUGACGCGCUCCUUCAGCUCCAGGUCUGAGAGCCAAGGAGGCCAAGCGAGCCAGGAGCACAACGAGAAGGUGCUUCUUAACCUCGAGGAAGUGAAGGUUCUGCGUCGGAGCCUGGAGGUCAGCAUGCGACGCGGGGGCCGUGGCUCCGCGGGGGAGGAGUCCGAAGAAGAAUGGAUAGAGGAGCAGAUUGAGAGGGAGGAGAGCACUGAGAGUCUGGAUGAACUGGGAAUGCCUCUCACAUCCUCCAAGUCCUCGUCUAAACCUCGGCCCAGUGGCUCCCAAAGCAAUUUCGACUCGGCAAAGCUCAUUGUUCUGGACUUUGGACCCUCACCUAAAGGUCGUAAGAUUGAACGCUCUCUGUCUGCAAAAAGAAAAGAAAACUCUGACACCUUUAUACCCACCAAGCCCAUGUUGGUGAAGAGUAAGACGUUAGACAGGCCGCCUUCAGACGACAGCUGGGAAAGUCAGAGGCCAAGAAGUCGUGUGGAAAGGCCACUGUCAGCUGUCAGAAAGGCUUCUUUUGAGGAGCGAGACCCUGAAGAGAAGGUGGGCAGGAUUCACCAGGCCAUCCAGAGAGAGAACAACCGCGUGCACAGUCCUGAGCUCUUCAGUCGCAACAUGGGCAGGACGCACCAGAUCUUGAAUGACUUAGUGCACCACAACAUCCCUGACAAGAAUGAGAACAGUGUUACUUUGGCCAUGCAGAAAAUCACUCUUAUGGGCCCCAGCCAACAACAGAAACUGCUCUCAGCCUUAGAGAAACUUGAAGGUGGACCCGGCUACAACAUUCCUCAGAGUGUCAAAACAGACAAUGGCAAGCAGUUGAGAAGGUCGUCCUCGGCCGAGGUCACCCCUGCGUUGUAUGUCACCAUGGAGAUCCUGUCAAACUGGGGGAACGCGCUGCAGGUCGGGCUGACGGAGCUGCAGUUCUUCUGCCACAGAAACAAGAAGCUGUACGUGUCGCCACACGACCUGGACAUCAGGAACACUGACCACCCCGGGAAUCUGGGAGCGCUUGUCAGUGGAAAGGUGAAGACCACCAAAGAGCGUCACAUGUGGACGUGUCCUUUCCAUCCUCCCGUUCAGCUCUACUUCAUCAUCAGGAACACGGAGCACUCCCCGGACUUUGGAAUAUCCCGCAUCAAAAUCUGGAACUACAACAGAAGCCUCAACGAGCUUGAUAUUGGUGCACGUCAUAUCAAGCUGUACCUCAACAGCACGCUGGUGUUUGAAGGGGACCUGGAGAAGGGCUGCGGCAACCAGGUCUUUGACUACAGCACCGCCAUUGACCUUCAGGAUUUCCAGCUGUUGGACUCUUUGUUUUCUAGUCCCGUGUCUUCGGGACACAACCUGCGGGGCGUUAGCCCCCAACGCCAUGAGGACAAGAACGGCAGAGAGACCAGCAGCUCCCAGCGAUACCACAGUUUCAAUUCACAGCCAUCAGAUACAGCAGGCCAAGCUAUGAUAGACAUGCAGGAGAAGUCGAAUUUACCUUUACCACCCAUCUCUUCUUCACCAGUGGGAGUGUCAUCUUCCACUCGCUGCUCUUCUACACAGAGAAGCUCUUUUGACUUGUCUGCCUCAGAAGAGCCCCUCUCUCUCAGGCAGCAAGUGGCUCAGCCAAUAGUAGUGGAGCAGACGGUCACUACCCAGCCGUCCUCGUCACGGGUGGCGCCUCAGUGGCUGCAGCCCUUGAACAGAGGGGUUCCAGAGGGCUGCGAGGCCAGCAGGGAGAGGCCACGAUGGCUUGUACCUCAGCACUCCGCCGAGCCCCAGUCCCCCUCAGCCUCCACCUCCUCGAUGCUCUCGGAGCUGCCGUGUAACCCCGGCCGGGUGUGCAGGGGGAUGGAAAGGACGGUAAACGGGACUCCGUGGAAUGCGGACACUCUGGAUCUGAGCUGCGACCUCCUGGAGGAGCUCGGGGAGCAGAGGUCGGACAGACCCGUCAGUGGACGCAGGAGUUCGCUGCGAAACAGUGCGGGCACUGCCAGGCAGACAGAGGAGCAGCACCUCAGAGCUGCGGCACUGACAAAUACAGAGGAGCCACUGUCACUGGUGAACACCAACAAGAGACUGUGUUCAGCUCGGGCUUUGCUGCACAGCCAGCAGGACGACACGCUCAUGGAGUCCUGGGACUCUCUCAUCAAGUUCAACCAAUGCCAGCGUGGACGCAUCUCCAACAUGAGCUUUGAAGGAGACAUCUUCGAUGAGUUUCUCCAGCGUCAGGGCCGCGGUCCGGCCACAGUCCCGGUCAACCCGUCCACAGCACCCAGAAGCCCCCUCUCCUUGACGGGCCAGGGGUCUCUGUGCGAUGCCCACGAUGACGAUCCAUCUAUGGAGCAGGAGGAUGAGUUUGAAAUCCCCGUGCUGCCACAGGGCCAAAGACUGGUGAUUAACAUCCUGUCCACCUGGGGGGAUCGCCACUACGUGGGCCUCAAUGGCCUGGAGGUGUUCAGCUCCAGCGGAGAGCCUCUCCGACCGACUCACAUUCACGCCGAUCCUCCAGACAUUAACAUUCUCCCUGCGUACGGCAAAGACCCCCGCAUUGUUACCAACCUCAUUGACGGCAUUAAUCGCACACAGGACGACAUGCACCUGUGGUUGGCCCCGUUCACCCCUGGUCGCAACCACACCAUCUUCCUGGAUUUCGGGGCUCCCUUUCAAGUGGCCAUGAUCCGAGUGUGGAACUACAACAAGUCGCGCAUCCACUCCUUCCGUGGGGUGAAAGAGGUGGAAAUGCUCCUGGAUGGAAGGUGCAUCUUCAGAGGAGAGAUUGCCAAAGCUUCAGGGACUCUGUCUGGAGAGCUGGACCAGUUUGGUGACACCAUCCUGUUCACCACCGACGAUGACAUCCUGGAGGCCAUGUCUCAUUAUGACGAAACGUUCCUCAGUGAAGGUGAGGGUGGCGAGAGCCAGGUGUAUGAAGAGGAGCUGCAGAGACCACGCACUGCCGAUGGAGAGGGAGAGGAAAGGCCCUUCACUCAGGCCGGGUUCAGAGAGGAAGACCUCACUAUGAAACUUCACCUCAAUCCCACUGUGAGCCAGUGUGAGGAAAACAUGGAUUAUAUUCCCGGCAUGUACACUGGAAAGUUCCUUAGACUGGAGCUGCUGUUGACUUGGGGUGACUCGCACUACAUGGGCCUGACUGGAUUGGAGGUGGUGGGGAAAGAUGGAGAGAGUUUACCCGUAGACCUCAGUAUGAUGGCCGCUUCACCCAGCGACCUCAACGACCUGCCCGAGUAUGGACACGACCUGCGCACACUUGAUAAGCUUAUUGAUGGUCACAACAUCACCACCGAUGACCAGCACAUGUGGCUCAUCCCUUUCUCCUAUGGAGAACCCCACACCCUGAACAUCACCUUCAACAAGGCCCAAACCAUAGCUGGACUCCGUAUCUGGAACUACAACAAGUCUCCCGAGGACUCGUACAGAGGGGUGAAGGUGAUUCACGUGUCCCUGGACGACGCUCCGAUCUCCCCAGCGGGCGGGUUCCUGAUCAGGAAAGGUCCGGGCAACUGUCACUUUGACUUUGCGCAGGAGAUCCUCUUCGUGGACUUCCUCCAGUCGUCCACGUACAACAAGAGUGCCGACGACUACCACAAAAGAAUCAGUAAGAAACAAGAGGAGGCCAGCAUGGACUAUGAAGCACCCAUCAUGCCCAGUGGAUUCAUUUUUCAGCUGCAGCUGUUUACAACCUGGGGCGACCCGUACUACAUCGGCCUCAACGGCCUCGAGUUCUACGACCAGAACCAGGAGAGGAUCAGCCUCAGUGACAACAACAUCGCUGCUUUUCCAGACAGUGUAAAUGUGCUGGAUAAUGUGAGCGGUGACGUGAGGACUCCGGAUAAAUUAAUAGAUGGAGUCAACAGUACGCAUGAUGGAAGACACAUGUGGCUGGCUCCGGUCCUCCCGGGACUGGUGAACCGUGUUUACGUCAUCUUCGAUCAGCCGGUGACCGUGUCCAUGAUCAAGUUGUGGAACUACUCUAAGACGCCACAGAGAGGAGUGAAGGAGUUUGGGCUGCUGGUGGACGAUCUCCUCGUGUAUAACGGCAUCUUGGACUGCGUGAGCCUUGUGUCGCGGGGCAUUCUGCCUACCUGUGAUCCUGUAGUGCCCUACCACACCAUCCUGUUCACCGACAAUGCUUACAUUGUGCACCGUGAGAGGAACACUGUUAUCAGCCCCCGUGGCAGCCGACACCUCCCACAUAAUUAUGUGGAAGACCAGGAUGUGAAGAUGAUCAACGAGAACCAGGUCGUCCGCCACAACAAGAAGAAGCAGACGGCAGAUCCGGCUCUGCGACCUAAGACCUGCAUGACUGACAGUGGGAAACAUGGAAAGAGGAGGUACUGACAGAGAAAUGGACACAUGUGGAUUUUAUCUUUUGGAUGAAAAUUAGACAAAAGUGACUCAGAGGGGAGGGGGCCCAUGUAUGUAUGGCUGCUGACUCCCCCCCCCCCGCCGAGCCUUCUCAGUGGAGGACAGACGCCGCACAGUUGGUCUUACACACCUGCGCACAGAGAGCGCCACAAUAAUGGCCACCCACACGUGCCGAUUAUCUCGAACACGUCGUACCUGUGUCGUUGCCCCCGUCCCUCAGUGCCAGGAGAAACCUGUGAAGGCUGCAUUUUUACCAGCCCUAUUAUUGUGCCUCGUAUAUCUGUGGCUGCUACUUGUGACGUUUGUGCUGCACAUAUUAUUAAUAAUGCUGCUUGUGGCAUGUUGGGGGAAAAAAAGAAUACACACAUCAGGAUAUGGCUAUUUCUUACUGAUUUUUAUCCACUGACGAGACCCGUCAGGUCGGGUACGAGAACUGACCAACACUCCCAGUCAGUGCACCAACCCACCAACUGUAAUGCUAUGCAGACCCUAAUUUAUAUCCGUGAGUGAUUUAUAACUGUGAAAUAAGUGUAUUUCAACGCCUGUGGAUUUUGGAAGUGCUUCCACGGAGGUCUUGUUAACCUUUGCAACGACGACUGUUGGUUGUGGAAAAAAAAAAAAGUCAAGGAAAAAGUAACAUUUUUUUAUCUGCUUAGCAUCAGUUACAAAAUAAAAACUUGUUUGUGGUACAAGUGACCUUUUCUUAAAGUUGUUACAGCUAUUUUAGGAGUUAAGGUGAAAAUUCAAACUAAGAAAAACUUCUUAUUAUGCAAAUACUAUUAACUUACCUCAAAUGGAGAAGCAUAAUCUUUACAGAGGGAUAAACGUGGUCCUACCGUCACUAUAAUACUUGGUGUUGUUACUAGUCAUUCAUUCAAUAUUUACUGUACUAACUUGUUGCAUGGGAACGUUUCAGCAUUAGCCGGUGAUAUCUUUAAAUAUUCCCUCCCCAACAAACAUGUACUCCUUACACUGGAUGGGGAGUAAAUUGUAUAUAAAAUGCAGUUUUAUGUAUUUAAUUUCCAUUUCUGAGCAGCAGUAGCCACGAUUACUCUGUUUCUCAGUCCUGGGGGCUGUUAUCGUUUGUGUAAUUUAGGUGUUUUGGAAUAUUUAAUUAAUUAUUUUUCUAAUCUUGUUCAAAUGUGUAUAUUUGAUGUAGGGUUUUAUUUGAUUGAAUAAAGUUUAAAAUACGCGUACACGA